AUGGAAGAUAUCCAGAAUGUUUUAAUUACAAAUUCAGAAGGUGUCUUAAAUAAGGAUUAUAUUUCAGGCUUUAUACAGAAACCUGAACAAGACGGAUCGGCUGUUUUUAUUUGUCGCAUUUGCAAGAAGACAUUUUAUAAUGCUAACGCACUUCAAAAUCAUAAGAAUUUGCAACAUGACGAUAUUGGUUCUCUUUCUGAUGAUGAUAAUAUUUCUUAUUCAGUCAAAACCAAUGACCAGAUUUAUGAAGAUCUCUGUGGUUUUAAAUUCAUUCCUCUAAAGAAAAACGAAGAUUUGAUUACAGAGGAGGAUGGCAUUUUAAAACGCACGUUUAGUUGUGAUACCAGCUACCUCAUUGUGAAAUAUGAAAGUAAUGAAAGUGUAGGUGUAAAGAGAUCUCGUUUGGAUAACAUGAUUCGAAAAAUUCAGUCGAAGCCAGAAAAGAAACCAGUCGAUCUGAGGGGACCAUUUACGUGCACACUGCCCUCGACUUUGCGACCCAGUGUACAAUGUCGCCAGAUUUUUUUUAACUGUUGCGAAUAUUCGUUACAUUAUCGAGAAGAACAUACCAAACGACGGAAAGCAGCUUUACGCUGUCAAGUUUGCGAGAAACGUUUGGACAGGGAUUUUUUACCAACAACAACUCUAACUGAGCAAUUAAACACCCAAAACACUUCGUCUUUCUCGUGUCGUAUAUGUGGAUUUACAUUUUUAGAUAGUACAGAUUUCGAUGAACAUAAUCGCAUAGUGCACGCGAAAAUGAAACCACACCAGUGUAGUUUGUGCUCCAAACGAUUCACACAACUUGGUGGUCUGCAACAGCACAUGCGUAUGCAUACAGGAAUACGUCCCUUCGUAUGCAAAUUUUGUUCAAAAGCAUUUACGCAAAAGGCUGGUUUGGAUCAACAUUUACGAACUCACACUAAGGUAAAACCAUUUAAGUGUAUCAUUUGUUGCAAAUGCUUUUCGCAGUCGGUUCAUUUACGUCAACACAUGCGAACACAUACAAAUAUCCAGCCUUUUGGAUGUCCUAUAUGCAAUAGGAGAUUUAAACAGAGUAGCCAUUUAAACUUUCAUAUGCGUUCUCAUGUUGGAGAAGCGAGUGCUUUGAUUAUGGAACAAUAUGCUCAAGCUAUGCAGCAACAAGGUCAAAUGGACUUUCUCAAUUUUUCAAAAGUGCUGCCAGUUCAGGACGGUGAAACCAUUUACUAUUCUGCUGAAUUAGCUUCGAUGCCUCCGGAAGCCGGUGCAGCUAAUAGUAAAUAUUUUCUUUCCAAUAAAGGCAUUUAA